AUGCGUAUGCGCAAGCGCAGUUCUUUGAAGUAUCCCUGGGCGGGCUGGUUGGUAUCCCUGGCAGCCAUGGCUCUAGCUGGAAGUUCGGCGGCGGUAGGGGGCCGUGGGCUUAGGCUGAGGCUGACGCGGAAAAAGCCGCCGGCGCCCCCCUCUUCCUCCUGCUCCGGGUCUGGUGGAGCGGGGCAGAAGGGCAGAACUUCAAACCACUGCUCUUGGUUGGACCAAGAAGGGUUAAGUGAAUCUGAAGAAUUGUGGAGAACACUGGUGUUGAGAAGUGUGAACUCCAAUCUGAAUGAGGCCAACCAGGAAAUGCCAGCUUUACCAGCAUUCUUUGACAAGAAUACCAGAAAUGAGAACGCCCAGGAACCAGCCAUCUUUACAGUUGGAACAGAAGAAUUUAAGUGGAUACCUUUCCCCUCUGCUUUUCAAUUCAUUGGGGAUCAAUUUAAAAAUCCAGAUUCUUAUUUCACAAAGGAGAAGCCUCGUCUGGUUCCCUGUGAACAUGAGCAGGGAGAAGGCCAACAGAGCAAUGGGCCUUCCCCCCAGGAAGCAUCUACUGUGGGCCCUGAGAACUGGGAACCAAGGCCCAGCAGUGGAGCUGGGGUAAAAAGGCCUUUGGAGCCGAGAGACAGCAGCAUAAGGGCUUCGAAGAGCAGACUUCCACAGCUUUCCCAGCUUAAGAAAAAACAGAGACUUCGGGCUGAGAGGGAUGCCUCCUCCCCAGGGUCUCCCCAGACCUUUGCUGAGGGCCCAAGCCCUCCCUCUUGGAAAAAGCCUGGGUACAGCCUUUACCUGGAAGGUGUGGGAGCGGAAAAAGAGGCCACUGCCACUGCUGCCACAAGCCAGAGGAUGGUGGAACUCGAUGGCUGUCCAAUGUGCCAGAUCCCAUUUACUGGAAAGCUGUCGCAGCUGGAUAUCGAUAGUCAUCUGGCUAAAUGCUUGUCAGAGAGUAUUGAAGAUGUCAUAUGGUAAACUUAGUGGCCAGAGUCCACAAGAAAUGCAUUUAUAAAGUAGGAAUGACCUCAUCUACAGCUGAGUAUGAGAUGACAAGAAAUGGCCCCAGGCACCCCUUGCCCUGUCUGUAAGCAUACCCUCCCUGGAAUGGAGGGCACUGCACUGGAGAGCCCUUCCCAAGGCAUUUGUACCCGAGUUAAUCACUGGACAUCCUGAGGAGGCAGCAUCUUGGCUAAGAGGACUUCUUGACUCUGUCAUUUAAAAGUAGCCAAUAAAAAUUUCACUUUUAGUUUUGAAUAACUUUUAAUUUCCAUCACACUGCAGACCUCUUUAAACUAGAGGCACUGCACAGAAUUUUCUUUUUGACAAAGAUUUACAGGUAAAAUAAGUCUACCCUAGUCAUAAGAACAGCCACUGAAGGAUGUGCUCCAUUACUCUGGUCCAGACAAGGAAAUGAGCUGCAGCAGGGUGUGGCCAUGUGGGCUCUGGUUAUGGAGUCAGAAAAUCCAGGCGUCCACACUCCCCAGCUGUGGGUGGAGCUGGCCAGGUCCUGGGGCCUCCCUGAGCCUCCUGGGUCAGAAAGGGCUGAUGGUGCUUGCCUUGCCUGGGGACUUAGCUCAUUGGGUGAUUGGGCAGGCUGGUCUGGACUGUCCUGAAGAACCAAAUAAACUCGAGGAACCUUCUGUCACACUGGGAUUUUGUAGCCAAGACUCGCCUUUUUGUGAUAACCACUUAAAAUUCCAUGAUCUUAUUCUUUAAAAAAAAAAAAUUUUUUU